ACGAGCAAAGGCGAAGAGGAUUUUCUAACGCGGCGCGCGACGUCCUCCCUUGUGAUGUGACACCCGGUGUAGUAAUCGACGGUGCGGCAGCGAGAAGAGCCGAGAAAAGAAAAUGCAGCGGUCAAGCGCGGUUGUCCUGGCGCGCGUUUGCCUGUCACUUCUGCUGCUGGUGGCCGUGGCAAGCGCGAGGAUCCACAAGCUGGACAUACGGAAGGACGGCAGGCACUACAUCACCCUGAGCACAUUUGGCUUCUACAAAGGCGGCAUUCUGACCGUGAAUCUCAUGAACUUCAAGUUCGAGCCGGCGGACGUCAACAAAAAGCUGACACCGGAAAGCGCGAGCAAGGCCGUGUUCGGAUUCAGCUUGGGUCGAACGCUCAUCGAUGCCAUCAAUCCAUACGUGCACAAUCAUUUGGACGGAUGCUUGCUGCAAAAUGUUUCGAACCUCAGGACAGAACAGAAAGAUGACAGCUCGAUUAUAUAUUUUACCAUGGACUUGAAAAACUUAACGAUGCAGGUGAACUGCAGUAACAAUGUGCAUGCGGCGCACAUUUACAGGGAUCUCAGUGCGGUGUUAAUGUAUCGAACAAAGAGAAGUUCGCUGUCGGCGAGAUUCAGCGAUACCGCGCUUUUCCCACGGAGAAAACGGAAUACGUCGCACGUGGUCGAGAAGGCCGUUGUUCAUGGCGUUGACCAGAGGCUGAGGUCGGAUAGCAACGCGUGCUCCCGUCUCAGAUUACCGAUGACGAUGGAGACGACGUCCACGGGCGAGAGAUCGUAUAAUACGAGCCUCGUUAUGUAUGUCGCCAAUGAGGAUGAAGAGGGCCUGUACAAUCUCUAUUUUCAUAACUGUCAGAAUUACGAUAAUAACAAGGAACCACUACUCGUAGAUUUCACGGUGGAAAUAGCAGAGACUAAUAACGACAACUUCCUCAGCGCCGGUGAAAUGCCGUUGCCAGCUCUAUACUUUACGAUGGCGCUACUUUUCUUCUUGUCUGGCUGCUUCUGGGUGUUUAUUCUUAAUAAAAGCAAGCAUUCUGUAUUUAAAAUUCACUACUUAAUGGCUGUCCUGGUGUACCUGAAGUCUUUCUCAUUGCUGUUCCAUGGUAUAAAUUACCACUUUAUCCAAACUAAGGGUGAGCAUGUCGAGGCGUGGGCGAUUUUAUACUACAUUACUCAUCUGCUCAAAGGCGCCGUUCUCUUUAUUACUAUUGUGCUUAUUGGUACGGGAUGGAACUUUAUAAAGCACAUUCUCUCAGACAAGGAAAAGAAACUCUUCAUGUUGGUCAUACCAUUGCAAGUGUUGGCAAAUGUGGCUGAAAUAAUAAUUGAGGAAAGCGACGUAGGUAAUUUACGUCGCGAAACUUCACGAGACAUGUUUAUACUCAUCGAUUUGGUGUGUUGUGGUGCAAUUCUAUUUCCGGUAGUGUGGAGUAUUAGGCACUUAGAGGAGGUCGCUCGCACGAAUGAUAAAGCGGCGAUGAACUUGCGCAAGCUCAUGCUAUUCAAACAUUUCUACAUUAUGAUAGUCUUCUACAUAUACUUCACUCGUAUUAUAAUGUACAUACUCAAGAUUACGGUGCGUUUUGAUUAUCAAUGGUUGGACGAAACCUUCCGGGAAAUGGCAACCUACGCAUUUUUCGUUUUGACAGGCUAUAAAUUUCGACCAGCGUCCGCAAAUACGUAUUUCACAGUACCGAGCGACGACAUAGAACCAGAUGACGAAGACGACAAGACCGAUGUCGUAAUUUCCGGGGGUAAUGGAAUCAACAGAGACUUCAGUACAGUGAGCAAAAUGCCGAGAGCAGUGAGGUCCGCGAUUUCAAAAGUCCCAUCUACUGAGGAGGAGCGGCAUGCUCUUUUCCAUAAGUCUUCUCGUGAAUACGACUAAGGAUAAAUCGUGAUAGACUACAUUAUGACGAAUGCGCCUACGAUUUGUGAAUCGUCGAGGCUACAUUUGAAAGGAAUACGAUGAUAGAUAAAAUAAGGGAAGUAAA